AUGUCCUCCCAUGCGGCAUCAGGAAAUAACAACUACGAGGAUCCAAUGAAUGUUGACGAAGAAUCCGUUUCUACCUCAUCGGAUAUAUCAGAAGAACAGUUAAAUGAAGGGGAUGUCUCGGCUACAAUAUUGAGAGACUCGGCGGAUUCUUUGACAAGAUUUCGAUCGCUCCGUGAAUCAGAUGUCCUCGUACUUCUUACUCCGGUGGUCACACCGGUCAGUCAAGAAGUCACAGAUACUAGCGAUCCUUUCGAGUGCCUCGGUCGCUCUUUGGCUAAGAGACACAAAAAAGUCAGGCAUAUUCCCUAUACACAAAGGAAUGGCAUUACUUCUACUCAUCUGGGUUUCAUAAAGAGAAGCCAUGUAAUUAUCCUUUGUUUCGUGGAUCGACCCGGGCAUCAGCUUCAGCUCGAAUUUGCAGAAAUUCUCUUUGCCGUCAGUGACCACAAGCCCUGUCUCAUUAUGAUAUGCGGUGAUCAGACAAUUAUGCAAGAUUCGAUCCCCUUCCCCACAGUCAUCCUAACUUCCGGAUACACCGCAGAAGAGAUGGAAGCCGCAGCUGCAGUGAUCUUCGGAGAGCGUCAACCCAAUCCUAAAGUAGGACUAACUAGUUCGGCACCCGGCAGGACGGAGCCGAUACGACCUAAACUUUGGGCUGUUGACGAAUGGGAUGAAACCAAGGACGUAUCGAGUUUUCUCAAACUGUGGACUGAUAACUUUGACGUCCGGUUUUCCAUCGACCUUGAGGCUUUCGCGUCUCUUCUUCGCCGCAUAGGUUACGCAAAACAUUAUGUGGUUCGUGAUCCCAGAGGUGGCGAAGUCCUAGGCUUUUGUGCUACAUACCUUUCAUACGUUGAUCAAGAAGGCGAGAGACUUAUUGCAUCAUUGGCAAUACUUGUGGUUGAAAAGACAUCUCGACGGCAAGGAAUCGGUCUUAGUCUCCAUAAUCAUGCUAUGAGACAAUUUAGAAGCACACGAGGGGUUAUCCGUCUUCAACUGGGGAGUACUUUUCCGAGACUCUUGUAUGGCCCACUUCGUUCUCCUUCUCCGGAUUUGACUGAGAAUGACGAGUGGUUUCGCAGAAGGGGCUGGACACUCAACAAGGAGUCACAAGGACAGGGCCAAUCUGUGUAUGAUUUGAUUCUGGAUUUUACAAAAUGGACUUAUCGGCCGAGUCAACAGCAAGAAGGCUUUAAGUAUCGACAGAGUGUACAAGAAGAUAUGGACAAAGUUCUUCGUUUGGUUGAAGACGCAUCUAUCAAACAAGGCAAUAUGGGAUGGUUCGAUCAAUACUUUGCUCUGAGUAACGGGCCCAACGUGAAGGACAUUGUAUUAUGUCUGGAGGGAGAUCAAAUUAUUGCAAUGGCGCUCACAUACACUCCAUCUUGUGGCAGCUCAAUAUCUUCUAAUUUGCCGUGGGCAGGGCGGAUUGGCCAUGAUGUUGGUGGAGUUACAUGUUUAUGUGUUUCUCCACAAAUAAAAGAGCCAAUAGGUCCUGAACUACUGAAUGCUUGUGUUCAAAAAUUAUACCAGCAAGGGAUGAGGAGAAUGUUUUUCGAUGGCGUAGCAAAUGGCGUGGAUGAACUAAAACAACUAGGGUUUGAGGAGUGGGCAAACUACCGCGAUAGGCUGCCACCUGGAAAGGGUAUUUUCCACAAUGAGGACCUUGCGGAUUCGGACUACUGGGUGAUGGGCGAGGGUUCGGAUAAACUACAGUAUCCAGGAACCGUUUAUUUUAACGAUCAAAGCGAAUUUAUUACUGCGGAUAAGAAUCUAUCCAUACAUACUACAACGGAGGCAGGACAACAACAUGAUAGAAAGCAGAACAAUGCUUAUAUUCACUCAAUCAAAUCCCACAUUAGUCAUGGUGGAUUGGUGGGUUUACAACUCGGUCCCAGCACUUGUUGUAACAUGGUCAAAGUUGUAACCAGAAUCUCCUCACGGAGUCUUAGACAAAAUACAGGUCACGCAGCAUCAGUGCUUGUAAUCUUCGAUCUAAAGUUGAGACCACAUGAACGAGGUCAUCUCAAUGUCGUACAAGAACCCGGAACCCAACAGUGUGACGGUGUCACGACGCCAUGUCUGCGUGAUACUCCCGCUAUAGCAGCUGUGCAAACGCGCAUCUGUUGGACUAGUUCCGCUGUAUCUACUGCUGCCUGA